AUGAUUGAUCGAUCCAAGAUCACUGACACCUCCAACCUCCACUCUGGUUCCUUUCUCGUCUCGUCUCGUCUCUACUUAUCUCUCUUCUCCCUCUCUCUCUCCCUAACCCUUCCCGUCCCCUCCAACAAACAACAACAGAUGAUAGUCAUCUUCCUACAAGCAUCCUUCUCUGCCUUCCAAGACUGGUCCACAGCAAAGGUGAUGAAGUCCAUUCUCAACAUGUUGCCAGCAGAGUGUUUGGUGGUCCGCGAUGGCAACGUAACCCGUAUCACCACCAACCAACUUGUGGUUGGUGACAUCGUCCAUCAGAGCAUGGGCAACAAGGUGCCAGCCGACAUGGUAAUCGUCCACACGUCUGGCGACUUCAAAGUCGACAACUCUGUGCUCACCGGCGAGAACAAGCCCAUCAGCGUGCAGACCUCGCCCACCGAUCAGUCCUUCCUCGAGUCCAAGAACCUGGCCUUCAUGGGCACCUAA